AACCGGGAAUGGCUUGACCUCAGUGGAAGAAGCUCUGCAAUCAAAUCAAAUCAAAUCAAAUCCUUUACCCUUGGAUUAAAGCACUAAACUUUAGCAAAGGAGAUCUAGAAUCUGGGGAGCAAGCAAAUGGAACUUCUGUUAACAGUUGCAAAACUCGGCCUCACGCUGGUGCUGAUCGUCUUCUCCGUCGUCGUUUUAGAAGCUUGGAGAAGGAGACACAGUAACGUUUCUGUCGAGACCGUGACAACUACACUCGAGGAUCCGACAUCCUUAAAACAGGUUCCAUGCCCUCACAUCUCAGACCCUGCGGAGAAGUAUUUGUCUUUAAUUGUCCCGGCGUUUAAUGAAGAGCAGAGACUUCCUGCAGCUCUACAGGAAACGAUGGAUUACCUUCAAGGUCGUGCAUCACGGGAUAAGAGUUUUUCUUAUGAGGUGGUGAUUGUUGAUGAUGGAAGUGUGGAUGGAACAAAAAGAGUAGCUUUUGAUUUCGUUAGAAAGUACACACUUGACAACAUAAGGGUCAUACCACUCGGAAAAAAUCAAGGGAAAGGAGAAGCUAUUAGAAAAGGAAUGAUGCAUUCUCGUGGCGAGUUACUUCUCAUGUUGGAUGCUGAUGGAGCAACUCAAGUAACUGACCUAGAAAAACUCGAAAACCAGAUCCUUGCAGUAGCUAGAGAAGAAAACUCAAUCAGAGAUCCAACAUCAAAGCAUGUGGAUUUUAGGAUAGGUGAUGUGCAAGUUUCUGCAUUUGGUUCUCGUGCUCAUCUCGAGGAGAAAGCUAUUGCUACAAGGAAAUGGUAUCGCAACUUCUUGAUGAAAGGUUUCCAUCUUGUGGUUCUGUUGGCUGCUGGUUCUGGAAUAAGGGAUACACAGUGUGGUUUCAAGAUGUUUACUAGAGCUGCUGCUAGAAGACUUUUCACAAACAUCCAUCUGAAAAGGUGGUGCUUUGAUGUGGAGUUGGUGUUCCUGUGCAAGCGUUUUAAUAUUCCAAUGCUUGAGAUCUCUGUGAAGUGGUCUGAGAUUCCAGGGUCUAAAGUGAGUAUGUUGAGCAUUCCCAACAUGCUUUGGGAGCUUGCUUUGAUGUCUGUGGGAUACAGAACUGGCAUGUGGAAGAUCCAUCAAGCAUGAGAAGGACACAUACAUUUAAAAAAAAUCACUGUCCAUUUGGGUUUACUGCAGAGAGGAUAGAGUUUUGAUGUCUCAAGGUAAGAGGCUAUAGAAAGUUUGUUGGGUCUUUACUUUUAAUAGAUGUAAUAAUAAGCUGGUUAAAGAGAUUAUAUAGAAACAAUGUAAUGAAAACUACUAACAGUUGUAGUUGAUUUUUAGAAAUAACUUUCAAACAUCCCCUUCAUGCCAUGCA